ACACGUGGAACGAAUGAGAGAAUAGCAGAAUGGGACACGUGGAACGAAUGACAGAGAAGCAGAUUGAGACACGGAAACCGUGUGGCCCGAUGUCUUCGUCAUCCGUUCCCGCCGUCCCCGCCGCUUGCGACACGCGGCACGAAAUGAUGAUAAUGAUGAUGAUGGUGAUGACGACAUUGAUGUUGAUGUUGAUGCUGUUGACGAUGUUCAUCAUGAUUACGAUGUUGGUGAUGAUGACGGUGGUGAUGUUGAUCACGAUGACGAUGGUGCUGAUGAUGAUGACGAACAUCAUCAACAUCAUCAGCGGCAUCGUCGCCGUCAUAAAACGCACCACCAUCGUCGCCUUCGUCAUCGUCGUCAUCAUCAACAGCAUCAUCAUCAUCGUUAUCAUCGUCGUCAUCAUCUUCGUCAUCAUCAUCAUCAUCAUCAUCAUCAUCAUCAUCAUCAUCGUCGUCGUCAUCAUCUGCGUCAUCAUCAUCAUCAUCAUCAACAUCAUCGUCAUCAUCGUCGUCAUCAACACGACGAUGACGACGAUAAUGUCGAUGAUGAUGAUGAUGAUGAUGACGAAGAUGAUGACGACGACGACGAUGAUGAUGAUGAUGAUGAUGAUGAUGAUGACGAAGAUGAUGACGACGAUGAUAACGAUGAGGAUUAUGCUGUUGAUGAUGACGACGAUGACGAAGGUGACGAUGGCGGUGAUUUUCAUGACGGCGACGAUGCCGCUGAUGAUGUUGGUGAUGUUGAUGACGUUGACGAUGUUGAUGAUGAUGUUGUUGAUGAUGAUGAUGAUGAUGAUGAUGAGAAUGAUGAUGAUGAUGAUGAUGAUGAUGAUGAUGAGGAUGAUGAUGAUGAUAAUGAUGACGAUGAUGAUGGUGGUGAUGAUGGUGGUGAUGAUGAUGGCGAUGAUGAUGAUGAUCACGAUGAUGUUGGUGGUGAUGAUGAUGGUGAUGACGAUGGCGAUGAUGAUGAUGAUGAUGAUGGCAAGCAAGAAUCAUGGGGCCCCUCGUGAGGAAAGAACAAGCGGGAAUCAAAGGGGCAUACAAAAACCAUCUGGCCCAAUAUCAGCGACAUCCGUUCCUGCUGUCCCCGCAACUUCAAACAGGUGGCGCGACGCGGCUGCUCCCAUGUGCCUCCAAACAUGCCCGAGGGCCGACACGUGGCCAGGCAGAACAUCACUUUACCUUGGCGAGAGGACAACGCCCACGACGGCGCAGCUCUUUGAAAGGUCAAAGUUCUUCGACGAGGCGCAGUUCUUAGACGACGGCAAAGCGCAGACGACGGCGCAACCGUUCGACAAGGGCUCAACGCAUACGAUGGUGGCCACUCGCUGACGCAGGACGCAGAGACGGGAUGUCGAAGCGCAGACAAC